GGCAGCAGCGUGCGCCCGAUGCUGGUCGCUGAUUGGCCAGUGAGUCUGUACCCAUUGAGCACGCUGUACGUGAGGGCGGCAGCGUGCGUGUGUUGGAAGUGUCUGUGUAAGUUUGGCGGGGGAUCCUCCGGCUGCGUCACCACACGGCUUUCUUCGCUCUCUCCAUUCUGCUCCAGCGCGGGAAGCUGCGGCGGGCAUCGGCAAACGGCGUCCUGAGUCACCGCCGAGCGGAUACUGCGUCCUCCCUGGCCGGGGCAGACGGCGAGAACAUGGCGAAUAAAGAGAGUAAGCUGCACGGCCUGCCCGGCAUUGUAUGGGGGAGCAAUGUGGCGGGAGGAGGAGGAGGGGGGGGGGAGCAAUGUGGCGCGCUCCCGCACUCAGGACCCGGCGUGCCCGCCUCCCAUGCUGUAUGCCGCAUGCACUCCCAGCAGCACCUCUCCCGCACUUUUAUUUUACAGGCAUGGUGCUCGCAUGGGAUCCACUAUCCUCACUAACUGAUACUAUCUGGGUGAUGGAUUGGGAGGAAUAAGGUGUGACUGUGUGUGUGUGUGUAGAGAGAUAUUUUACCAGAGUCUUAGUUGUUAAUAUUGCCUAGUGUAACAGUUUUUUUUCUGUCCAUGGCUGCUGUCUGAAUGCUUAGGACAGUAAGAGCAUCAAACAUUGAAUUUAUGCAUUCUUUGAAGAUGGCCCGGUGACUUUUAGCCACUAGUUCGUUAAAAAAACACUCUAAGCACUCUAACUACUACGCCUGCUGUAGUGGUUAUGGUACCAGCAGUGCCCUGUCUCCCUUCCAGGGCAAGUAGUUAAACACAAUAGUUUGACAACUUACCUGUGGGCAGCUUGGCGUCGACUCUGUCUCAUGAAGCUCCUACACUGAGCUAAGGCACAUGCUCCUUGAUUGAGAUCUCACUCAGCCGAAGGAACUAGUUCUGCAAAGUAGUGCCCUUUGACAUAGUGUCAACAUUGUGGAAACUGUGCCUUUUUUUUUUUGUAUGUGCCUGUGUAUGUAUCUGACACACAGAUACACACACCUUGAUACAGUGUGUGUAUGUAUGUGCCAGUGUGUACCUGACACACAGAUACACAUAGUGACAUACACACAUCUUGACUUACAAAUAAAUACACACACACUGACAUAUACAAACACUGAUAUACACUGGAACAUACUGAAAUACAUACACAUACUCUUUGACAUACAUACGCACUGACAAGCACACAUACACUCUUUGACAGACACACAAACGCAUACAAACUCCCAAACAGACACACAUGCAAGUUAUUAUUUUAAAAAUUUUUACUCUACCCAUCCUCCUUACCAUUGGGAGUGCUGGCAUGGAGUCUCUAUGUCCCUGUGGUCUAGUGGGGCAGCGAGGGCGCAGUGAUCUUCCUGCUCAGCUCCGUUGUGUGCCUCUUAGUGAUGCCAGAGUUAGUCAUAUUCUGGCUCCGGCAUCACUGCUGUGCAUGUGAGGGAGCUGAGCCUGGGAGAGUGUUCCCUCGCCGCCUGCGGCUAUUUUGUUUUACAAAAUUUUGGAGUAACCCAUUUGUGUUCUCGUGGAACACCAAUUGGGAAAGGCUGCUCUAGUCUAAAGGGGGCAAUCUAGCUUUUUUUUUUUUUUUUUUUUUACAUUUAAAAAAGCAAACUUGCUAGUAAUCCUGUUCAGAAACACUCUUAACUCCUUAAGGUCCAAACUUCUGUAAUAAAAGGGAAUCAUGACAUGUCACACAUGUCAUGUGUCCUUAAGGGGUUAACUGUUUCCUGAUCUUCCCACACUGAGAGAAUCAGGCUUGCUGGUCUGUCUCUAAUCAAAUGCUUCUCAUUGAGUUGCUUUGAAAACUCACAGCAUAUUUGCCGCAAUCUACCAUUCAAGUGCUUCUCUGAAAAGCAUUGGAUCCACUGCGUUUGACGAAUGUAAAAUAGGUGCAAUUAUUAAAUCCUUUUCAGGCCAGAGUAGCUGCCAGCCGCAAGUAAGCGUAUUGGCUUUAAAAUGUAAAGUGAUUUUCAUUUGCAGUGAUGCACGGACAUGUCUCCAAAUCACUUUGUUGAAAGUAAUUAUUUUAUUCAUGGAUAUUAAAUCCCUACAACUGCAAUGCAUUUUGCAGAAAAGUUCCCACCUGUAUGCUCAAACUCGACACUAUUUUCUUUUUGACAGAAAGUACCUACUUUUCUUUUGUUUACAAACAUGCAACUUAUAUAGUAUUACAAAUAAAUUGUAUAUUGAACAGUCUACUUUUAUUUUUAUUACUAGCGAGCACUGCAAACAUUACUUUUUUUUCCCCUAUAUGUUCCAUUAGUAGUAUUUUUGUACUUGUUUUUAUUCUGUUCUCUGGAUGAAAUAGUGUUGCGUUUUGCUAUGAUCAUCAAAUAGGUACCCCUAAUCUAAUGUGCGAACACAUCAGUUAUUUGGAAAAUAUAGGUGUAGUGUCCAAUUUGCAUUGGAAUACACGUGUCGUGUUGCGAUACGCUCUGACAUAAACUAAUAUAUUGAACACAAUUACCUUUAAUUAAAUGCAUAAUGUUAAAGGGUUACUCCAACUCUUCUUGAUUUUUGUACAUAUUGCUAAAAUAACGAAUAAGAUAAAUCAAUAGCUUACCUGAAAUCCUGGUGAAGGUCCCAGUGUGACUUUGCACUCCCAGUCUGACAUCACUGCAUCUGUCACAUAGUCCAAUCAAAGGCUUUUCAUAGAGAAUCCUUUGAACUAUUUAACUGGCUGAGAAUGCAUGCACAUGCUCUGAGACGUUAAGUGGAGGGCAUCGAUAAUGUAACAGAGGUUAUAGGGAGGCUUCAGUGAAGGAAUAAUGGAAUUGAGACCAACACUUCCCCUUGUGAACAAUGUCUGCACAGUAGAAGCUAAUUAUGUCCAGUGCUAGCUGACGAUGGACGUAUAUGUGUGUAUUUUUUUUUUUUUUCAUAGACUUGGCAGUCUGGAACAGAGUUCCAGGCUGCCAUAGCCACGUAUGCUGAGUAUGUAACUAGCCCCUGGCACAAAAGUGCAAAUAUCUCUGAAUAAAACUCUGCACAUUCAGACUCCUACCACCACAACCCCUUCUAAAAGCAGAAGGGCUCAGUGUAAUUGGAGUAACCAUUUAAGUUGUAUGUUUUAAAGAGCACAUGUGAAAAAAUAAGGUUUGUUUUUCUUUGCUGGAAUAUGCAGUCACCUUGAUGCUUUUUAUUUAUUUUUCUAGUGUUUGAAGAUACUGUGGAGGAGCGUGUCAUCAAUGAAGAGUACAAAAUUUGGAAAAAGAAUACUCCAUUCCUGUAUGACCUUGUAAUGACACAUGCCCUAGAAUGGCCAAGUCUUACAGUGCAAUGGCUGCCAGAUGUGACUAGGUAAUUAUUUUAGUCUACUUUUCUUGCUACAGAUAUAUAGUUCUUAAGGGGACACUUUAGGCUUCCAGACCGUAGCCCUGCAAUGUUUAUAUUCCAGACCGCUACUAGAGGCACUUUCUACAUUUACACUGUGUAGCUCCAUGAAACAAUGCUUGAUGUCAUGCAUGAGUAUGUCCUACGUCUCUCAAAACCCCAUAGGAAAGCAUUGCAUCACUUAAUUUCCUGGGGAGGGAGGUGGAAGAGGCUUUGAAUUGCCAACACUAGUAUUUCUGCUUGCACGACUAAACCGGAUUUUUUUUUAUUUUUUAUUAUUUGUUUACUGCAUUCAACUGGGAUCCGUAAGCCUUCAAGUCAAACUAUUUGCAUCAACUGCAAAACAGCAAUGUUUUCAGCAAGAUAGUUUUAAAUGGGCCAUAAUGUAAUGACCUUGUGGGUAAUUCAAUUUUUUUUUUUUUUUUGUCAUUUUGCUUUUGUAGUCUAUUGAGUUUAUCUAUUUUCCUUUACAGACCAGAAGGAAAGGACUAUGCUUUGCAUUGGCUAGUGCUUGGCACUCAUACAUCAGAUGAACAGAAUCACCUUGUGGUAGCAAGAGUCCAAAUCCCUAAUGAUGAUGCACAAUUUGAUGCCUCUCAUUAUGACAGUGAAAAAGGAGGUAAAUGUCUUUACAGUACCUUUUUCAGUGUUCUUUGUGAAUAUACUACCAUACAGAGCUGCAUUCCUUAGUUAGAUGGUUUUCUUAUACCAUCUUCAGUGGCAAACUGUCUUCUGCAACAGGAUUCCAGGUUUAAAAUAUCUACAACUUGAAAGGUCUUGUUUCUACUCUAAUCCUGGUCUUUAAUGGAGUCCAAGAGGAGAACAUUUAGUUCAUCAAUCUAAUCUGUGCCACAUAAUAAAGGUAGCAUGCAUACACAAUGUUUAUCCUGUAUAUGCAAUAUGUUUGACGUUUAGAAUUCAGCCUUUUCAAACAGUUUAUCUGACUGACCUGUAUUUAACACAUACAACCAUUACACUUCUGCAUUGGUUGUAUGAAGGACAUGGACAUUUCUGUCCAUAAUAAUCCCUAGUGGUGUUUUUACAUUUUUUUUUUGUCUCUUCUGAGUAUGCUUUGAAGUUACAACUUUUGCACAACGCUUGCUGAGUUGUCUACAUAUGAGUAAUGUAGGCAGCCUGCAUAGAGAAAGUAUACACCAAAGAGGAUAAAUGAACCAAUAGUUAUAUUUCUCUUUACUUUCAAUGCAUGCCCUGGUUAAAAUUUAUUUGAACUGAAUUUUGAUGAGCCCUAAGUAACCCAGCAUGCUCACUUUAUUUGGAGGUAGUAGUAGCACAGACAUCACACCUUGUGUCUGUGUAACAUGGUAGUAUAAAAUACAAAAUCCUGUAGGCACCCAGGACUGUGUAUAAAAGACUAAGCUUUUAUUUAAAGAAGAGAAAACUUAAAGCUGCUGGAGUUUCAGCACUGCAAACAAUACACUUUUUAUUUAAUACAAAAUUUUAAGUGAAAAUAACCUUGCGGUUCUAAUGCAAGCUCUUAUUCAUUGGAACUGUAUUAUGAUGUAAUUUGUCAAUUUUUUAUUUUUUUUUAUAUAUAUAUAUUUAUUUAUUUAUUUAUUUUUUAUAAAUCGGAUCAUCUCAUGAAAAAAGGGUAAAGGGUUAUUCCAACCACCGUGGCCACUUAUGCUUUAUGAAGUGAUCAUGGUGGUAGGAAUCAGGAUGUACAGUGUUUCAGAUUAAAACACUGAACAUCCAGAGCAAUUGCCACUUUUGUGCCAAGGGCAAGUUGCAGCCCAGAAAGCAUAUUUUACACAAGACAUAAUGUGAUUCUCCCCUUCAGUCUUGUCUUCCCUCCUCUUGCCAGCUAAGUAGUCAAAUUAAAAGCUUCUCAAUCAGAAGUCUUUGAUUGGACAAUGGCUGCCUUGACUUCAGAUGGUAGUGUUGAAAGAAACACCAGGUGAAGCCAAGUUACGAUUAUUUAAAGGCAGUUCUUAAAGCGAUCAAGUGUGGUGAGACCUACAGAAGAAUGCCCAUUAGGGCAUUAUUCAUUUAAAAAAAAAAAAAAAAUUCAUAAGGUUUGGAUUGACUUUUUUUAAAUAAAAGUUAUAGGUGAUUUCCACCUUUCAAUCUUGUAAAUUCCAGUGAAGUGACCGUGACCGUCUCUCUUUAAAGCGGCACUGUCACUUUUUAUUAUGUAUGUGUUUAUAAAACAAUUCAGCAUUCAUGACAAGCCUAUGAACACAAUCUUCUUAAACGUAUUUGGUAAUAUUUGUGUUCUAGGAGUAGCAUAUAUUGUAUUUACACCCAACAUAAUGGAUUGUUUUGUGCUUAUCCUUUCAGAAUUUGGCGGCUUUGGUUCAGUUAGUGGCAAAAUUGAAACCGAAAUAAAGAUAAAUCAUGAGGGUGAAGUGAACCGUGCACGAUAUAUGCCACAGAACCCAUGUAUCAUUGCAACAAAAACACCAUCAUCUGAUGUGCUGGUGUUUGACUAUACCAAGCAUCCGUCAAAGCCAGGUGAGUACACUGCUGAAACUAGAUUGCCCACUCCUCCACCUUAUCUAAAUACUUCUAGUGCAUACAGAAGACAUACCUGCUUAUUGGUUACAGAUUUAAAGUAUUUCAAUAGGUGGCGAUUAUUUCAGUUCCUUGCUAUUUCAGAAAACCAUAAAAAGGUGGACCUAUUUCAGUUAUGUCUGUAUGUCAGACAGGAAAGUGGGCAAAAAUCAAAAUCCAUUCAAGAGAGUUGCAUAUUCUGUAUUUUGUGUUUGUGUGCCUGUGCGUUUUGGAUUGACUAAUGGAGGCUAACUUAAUCCGUCUGCUUUGUGAGAUUAUUUGAACAUUGAAAAGCUGUACAGAGACCAGAAUUCUAUAGAACUUUGGGGAGCAACUACACUUCUAUUUAUUUACUUUGUAUUGAUACAGCUAUAUCUUUGAAAGAAUCCUUUAUAAUCAUUCCAAAGACCUAGAAUUUCUUUUUCUCAUAUGCUUAUUUUAUCCUUUUUUUUUUUUUUUUUUAAGACCCAAGUGGCGAAUGUAACCCUGAUCUUCGAUUAAGAGGUCACCAGAAAGAAGGCUAUGGUCUGUCAUGGAAUUCAAACCUGAGUGGACAUUUGCUCAGUGCAUCAGAUGAUCAUGUAAGCAGUUUUCUCCGCUAAGAUAAUUACGCUGAAGCUUGUUUCCAUAAAAAGCUUUAUAUAAGUUGCAGAAUGUAGCAGUUGUCUUUUUCCCAAGUGAUUUUGUUUCUAUUGUUUGAAUUAGUUAAAGCAGUGUUUGCACAUUUUCUUACUUUGUCUAAAUGAAGACGCUUAUGUGGGAUACUAUGGGCACCAAAACAUAGUUUAGAUUAACAACUCUGCUCUUCUGUACCUGCAGUGUCAUAGCUGUUUAGAAGUUAAAUCACUUUGUUAAUGCAACCCAAGCCACACCCUCCCAAGCUGUGACUGCAGAUACUGAACUUUCCUCAUAGAGAUUCAUUGAUUCAAUUCAUCUCUAUGAGGAGAUGCUGAUUGGCCAGGGCUGUGUUUUAAUCAUGCUGGCUCUGCCUCUUUGCCAAUCCUAUGGGGAAGCACUGUGAUUGGACAAGGCCACCACUUCUAAUGAUGUCAGCAGACUUUGUUUUUCUGAGUCUAACAGCAUGCAGAGUUACAGCUUCAAGCUUGAAUACAAUAAGAUUUUGCGCUAUAUUUAUGGAGGCAUGAGGGGCCCAGGGGGGCUAGAUGGUGAUGUUCACACUAUAUGGUCAGGAAUACAUGUUUGUGUUCCUGACCCUAUAGUGAUCCUUUAAGAUGUUUACUUUGACCAUACCUUUCAAUUUAGAUUAGUAAUGAAGGGAUGAUACAUUUAAUCUGCCUUUUGUUCCACUUCAUUGGUACGAUGCACUGAUUUUUAUCAUGUCUUUUUCAUCCCUGCAGACUGUUUGUUUAUGGGAUAUAAGUGCUGGGCCAAAAGAAGGCAAAGUAAUUGAUGCAAAAGCCAUAUUUACUGGCCAUUCAGCAGUCGUUGAGGAUGUGGCGUGGCACCUUUUGCAUGAAUCCUUAUUUGGUUCUGUGGCUGAUGAUCAGAAGCUAAUGAUGUAAGUUCUUUUUUAGUCCAUAAUUUCAAUAGUGGGAUCUGAAAUCACUGUAACUGGCUAUUGAAAUAUUCUAAUCUUUGACAACUACAAAAAAAAAUCUUAAGCAUUUUGAGUCUUGUAAACUGGUUUCAAAAUAUGGAUUUAAAUUUUUUCCAUCUUCUGUCUUGCCAUAUCUUCAUAGAUGGGACACCAGGUCAAAUACUACAUCAAAGCCAAGCCAUUCUGUCGAUGCACAUACUGCUGAGGUUAACUGUUUAUCUUUCAACCCGUACAGCGAAUUCAUUCUGGCAACUGGCUCUGCUGAUAAGGUCUGAUUUUACAUUUUCAAUUCACCAAUUUACAGGAACAUUGUUUAAAAGAAUUGUACCUUAACUGUAGACUUGCGUAUUCCUUUCUGUCACUCAAUUGAAUUUAAAACUUUGCUUGUAGUUGUAGCAUGCAUUAUACUGUAAUUCAAAAAAUACUGAAUUUUAUUGGGACAGGUGCCAGUCCAAAAGCAUUUGGAACAUUUCUAUUUGAAUGACUUGCAUUUAUAUAAAACUACAAUAUGCUACCAGACAUUUUUAAAGCAAAAAGAGGGAAUUAGGGGCACCCCCGGAACAUACAUUUCUCAGCAGUGGUGCUGCCAUCAGUACCAAAAUUUAUACUAAUAAUCGUUUAAGGAAGAGCGCACACAAAUCCUGUAUAAAAUUUUACAAGGCUACUUAAAAUCACAAAUUUCAGCAAAAAUAUGGGUUUUUAGUUCCAUCAUAUAGCCGUAUCAUGUUAAGCCCACCAUUAUGCCACAGUAUCCCAAUAUCUGUGGGUCUUACACUAAUUUUAACAUGUAAUCAAAUUAAACCACGUUGGUGCUAAAUUAAUUAGUGUAUUUAGUCUGUUGUAAGAGCAUCUGAAAAUAUAUCAUGAAAAAUGUGGGGGAAAACUCAGUUGUCAUAACUAAAGUGAUAGUGCUUUUAUGUAUAUACUCACAAUGCUUAUCAUAUAUCUGAUAAAUAUCUAAAACCAUUAUCGGGCAUAAAACAUGCAUGCAUGUAAGACUUCCCCCUCCUUCUUUAGGGUUCCAAUUUAGUUGUCCAUUCAUAGAUUACAUUGAAUUACCUUAGGAUUUUCAGUUAUUAAAACUCUAGUUUGACUCAAUCUGCUUUUUGCCUAAACUUAAAUAGUUCAUCAUUGCCAACAUUAAAGGGCUUUCAUUAUAGUGGCUAGUCUUGUGCUGUUUUUGUAUGUCUGGAAAAGUUGCUUGGUUUACUUGCCAAUUGCUGUGCUUAUUUUCCUUCUAGACGGUAGCACUGUGGGAUCUCAGAAAUUUAAAAUUGAAACUUCAUUCUUUUGAAUCCCAUAAAGAUGAGAUUUUUCAGGUGGGUAUAACUUUCUAAUUACUGCACAUUACCUUUAAUUUUGCUAUCACAUUUUACGACUUUAAAUGUUCAAGGUUCCUAUUGCAUCUUUCUCUUCCCAAAAGGUUCAUUGGUCUCCUCACAAUGAAACUAUUCUGGCUUCUAGUGGCACUGAUCGCAGACUCAAUGUUUGGGAUUUGAGGUGAGCUUUUAUUUAAUUCAUAGGUGGGUGGUUAAUGCUCUUGACAAAUUUGUUAAAUGUAUUGUUUUUGUCUCUUUAUGCAAACCUACAUAAUUAUUACUAUGAGCAUCGGUUCCCUGUUGUGUUUUUUUAUUUUUUUCUCUCCAGAACACUUAAUGUGCAAUAACUGUUGGGUAGCUUGUUAUUGCGUUGUGUGAGGGGGUGUAAUGUAUAAAUCAUGGGGGUAUAAACGGUCUCCAGAUGUUCAUGAGUCUGCUAGUCUAAAGAUUUUAAUUGUGCCUGUAGUAGUUCUACAGCAUCUGGGGAUCUAUUUGGACUAAUUUAAUUUAAAUCUACUAGUAAAGCAUUCUAAAACUGGCUGUAAUAAUCCCUCUUUGGUUUCAUUGGCACUUUUCUUAAACGUAACCACUUUAGUCUGAGUAUCAUUUCAAAUCGCUGCAGCAAAAUUGUUGCUUGCUUCGUGAUGUAUCAAAUGUAUGUAUUUUCUGUUUUAGCAAAAUUGGUGAAGAACAGUCUGCAGAAGAUGCAGAGGAUGGACCUCCUGAGCUUUUAGUACGUUCAAAAAUGGUCUAACAUGAAUAAAUGUGUAUGUAAAAUGACAUAAAAUAUCUCAUGUACUGCAUUAGUUUGACACUUUAGUUAUUUGUACAAGGCUUGAAAGGAUUGUUGGUCUUCCACACACACUCACACGAUUACAAGCUUUGCAAGACGGGUAUUAAAAUAUAUAUUUUUCAAAAAGUUUUUCCAUACAUCAAAGUGGCAGUCAUUACAAAUUUGUAGUGUCCCUUCCUCUCACAGGGCAGGUAGCAUUUGAAAAGGUUAGUAAACAAAAUGCAGUCUACACCUCCCUAGUUUUAUAAGGAGCAACACCACCAUGAGCUCCUGAGUGUCUGCCUGUCAUGUAAAAAAAAUGUGUCUGUAAAUUAUCGGAUUUUAGUCCAGUGGUAGAAGGCACAGGCUUUUCCUCAAGCAUGAGUCAGACUCAGAUAGCAAAACAUAAUGGAAUACUUACUUGGGUUACUUUGUGUUUUUAUGUCCAGUGCAAUGGCAAAUGCUUAAAAGGUUUGGGUCUAGUGACGAUUACAACUUUUUUUUAAUAUUUUUUUUCUCUUCUUCAGUUCAUCCAUGGUGGUCACACAGCGAAGAUCUCUGAUUUCAGCUGGAACCCAAAUGAACCAUGGGUUAUUUGCUCUGUUUCUGAAGACAAUAUUAUGCAGAUUUGGCAAAUGGUAAGUACUAUUUGUUCUGAAAUGUUGCAGUGUGUAUUAGUGGCUGCUCUAAAUUAUUAAAAUCUAACAUGCAAAAAUGAAUCCAUAAAUUGCCAGCUGUAACUCGUGUGCGUCUGUAUACAGACAUUCUGAUGUGGUCUGCAUAUUUACAAUGUUCCACAGUGCACUAUUCAUUAACCAUAAGCACUGGUUAAUUGAACUGUUCUAUAGACUUGCUAACACAAUUCUUGUUUACACUAAACCCACCAAAAUGCUCUGGACUGAGAAAAUUAUGGUAGGUUACUCUCAUGGCAUAUCAGCUUUACAGACCUGGUACUUAAAUUGAAAACUUGUCACGUGCACAGUAGUGAGGUUUUUUUUUUUUUUUUUUUAAUAUGGUAGUGGGUUGGUGUGCGUAAAUCAUGCUAUUGUAUUGUCUAUCAGAGAACUCCCAUCUGGACCUUAAUUACAGCUAUGUGUCUUGUUUUCAGGCUGAGAAUAUUUACAAUGAUGAAGAGCCGGACGUAGCACCUUCCGAGUUGGAAGCACAAGGAUCUUAGAUUUUUUUUUUUUUUUUUUCUUCCCCAUCUCUUUUGUAUUUCUUUUUCACUUACAUUUGAAUAGCAAUGCUACCACAUAUUGUGAAUUGGUUGAUAUUCGUCUAAAUUAUCAUUUGGUUAAAAGGAGUAACCACACUCACUGACCAUAUUUUUCCUGUAUAUUGUAUUGUAUCAUUCUUGCUCUUUGUAUCUAACACAACCUGUGAAUGGAUGAAUUAAAAAAAAAAAAAAAAA